UUGGUAUUGUUUGUCUGUUAUAUCAUCACCUACAACUACAAAUCAAGUUUGCUCUCAUUCUCAUAUAUCAUAUCCCCUCUCCAUCCUUUUUCCACCCUCCGCCAUUUCUUCCUUCCUUCCAAACUCCGGCCUCCAACGUUUUUAAGAGAGAGAGAGAGAGAAAGAGGAUUAGCCCAUUUUUCCUUAGCCUCCAUCAGUCUUUGGUGAUCUGUUUAUCUCUUCAUAACAGAACCCCCAAUAACAAACAAGCAAACUGAUCACCAUCAUCAUCCAAGCUAUAUAGCUAGGUUUGGAGGGGAUCAUAUAUAAUCAGCUAAUUAAAAACUAGAGAUUGUAAACUCACAAAACCCCUUUCACCCUAGCUAACCCUACCCUAUCUCCAUCUCUACACCUAUAGAUCGAUCCUGCAGAAGCUAGCUUAGCUUAGCUUGUUAAUUAGUCUUCUUGUUCAUCUUCUGUUUCUUGUGGGCAAUAGAUCGAUCGAAGAAAGGAAGAAGAAAAUAUAUAUUAUGUGCAGCAGAGGGCACUGGAGGCCGGCCGAAGACGAGAAACUCAAGGAGCUGGUCCAACGGUACGGCCCUCAUAACUGGAACGCCAUCGCCGAGAAGCUUCAUGGCCGAUCCGGGAAGAGCUGCCGGUUGCGAUGGUACAACCAGCUGGACCCUCGGAUCAACCGCACCCCUUUCACCGAGGAGGAAGAGGAGCGGCUCAUGGCCUCCCACCGCAUCCACGGCAACCGCUGGGCCGUCAUAGCCCGCCUCUUCCCCGGCCGCACCGACAACGCCGUCAAGAACCACUGGCACGUCAUGAUGGCCCGCCGCUGCCGACACCGCUCCAAACCCCACCCUCCGCCGCCAACCACAACAACCUCCGCGGCGGCGGCUCUGCUCAACCACCACCACCAUACUUCCUCUUCCUCCUCCAACCACCAACACCAAACUACUUCUGCCGAUGUCGGCAGUAGCGCGCUCCGGCCUAGUCAUCCCUACUACAACUACAACUUUAACUGCCAGCGGCAGCAGCAGCAGCAGCUGGCAGCAGCUUAUUCCUUUGUCAACAAAUAUUGUUUUCCUUCCACCGCGACUGCUACAAAUAAUAAGACUAGCCGUUUUCAUCCCUACUUCCCCGCUUCGGCCGUGCCCAAUAAAGGAUACUACGCCUACUUGCUUCAUUCCACAGCUCAUCAACAUUAUCCAAACCUUACUCCGCUUAAUUCUCAUCAUCAUCAUCAUCAAGAUGAUGGGGAGAUUGGAAACGAGGAAGAGGAGGCAACAACAGGAGGAGUAGAAUACUACGACUUCUUGCAAGUGCACAGUAAGGCCGACAACUCCAAUAAUACCAAUGGCUGCCAACUUACUAAUAUAGAAGCACACGGUGAUGAGUUAGCAGAAGAAGAUCUGGAGGAGGAAGAGGUAGAUCAAUAUGAUCCAAAUAUGGCGGUGGCUACCACCGAUACUUGCAGCAACACUACUACUAGUGCUACAAGAAGCAGCGAUCAGGUGGAAGAAUGUGCGAGCAAUAAGGUGGCCGAGUUCAUCGAUUUUUUAGCAGUCGGACCACCAAAUUAACAGACCAAAGGUUAUAAUAUAUAUAUUCAGUCCAGUCCAGGCUAGACUACUGACACACGUACGUACACUAGCUUUAGUUGCAGCUCUUUUAAUUAAUUGGUGGAGGAUGAUGAUCGAUCAUGCAUAUAUAGUUAUCUUCUUCCAAACAGAUAAUGUCUUAAUUAGGGUUUUAUAGUUACAGACACAGAAUGCACCAUAUACCACGACAGGAAAUCGAUCGUGGUGGAGAGGGCGCCAAGCAAAUUAAAUUAAAGCGCGCUAACGUAA